UAGAAAUUACCGUCCCCCAAGAGAUUAAACUUUAGAUCCGUAGUCGUGCAACCUAGCAUUAUACUAUGACACAGUUGUUUCAAUAUGCCUUCCUGCUGUUGAUGCUAUCUGGCACAGAAUCUCUAGACAAUGGUCUGGCGCUUACACCACCAAUGGGCUGGAUGCAGUGGGAGAGAUUUUGGUGUAACACAAACUGCACAAAGGACCCACACAACUGUAUUAGUGAGAAACUGUUCAAAGAAAUAGCUGAUGUGAUGGCAUCCGAUGGUUACCUAGCUGCUGGUUACAGGUACGUUGCUAUUGACGACUGUUGGAUGGCACCAGAGAGGGGACCUGAUGGAAGACUAAGACCAGAUCCUGACAGAUUUCCAAAUGGCAUGAAAGCUUUGGCAGACUAUGUUCAUUCCAAAGGUCUAAAGCUGGGUAUAUAUGCCGACAUGGGAAACCAAACCUGUCAGAAGUUCCCAGGUAGCAAGUUUGACCUAAAGCUUGAUGCUCAGACAUUUGCUGACUGGGAAGUGGAUAUGCUCAAACUGGAUUGUUGCCAUUCUGGCAGCCACAGUGACCUUCAGGAAGGUUUUCAAAACAUGACAGUAUAUCUGAACCAAACAGGACGACCAAUUCUCUAUGCUUGUUGCUGGCCAGUUUGUGCAGGGCCAAAGAAAGACUAUAAGUCAUUUGCUCAGCACUGCAACAUGUGGAGAAACUACAGGGAUGUUAGGGACUCGUGGGAAAAUGUAUAUGGAACAAUUGAUUUCUAUGGAAACAACACAGGUCAUUUUCAGGAGAUAGCAGGUCCUGGAGCCUGGAAUGAUCCAGAUGAGUUAGUUCUUGGUGAUUUUGGACUCAGUUAUGACCAGGAACGUGCACAGUUUGGGAUGUGGUGUAUGAUGGCCUCCCCUCUGUUUAUGUCGGUAGAUCUGCGCAAUAUUCGACCGAGGUCCAAAGAUCUGUUACUAAACAAGAACCUUCUGAUAAUACACAGUGAUGAGCUAGGUGUACAAGCUUACAGAGUCUUUAAGGGGAAUGGUUUAGAUGUGUGGCUAAGACCUUUAAGGAGCAAGUAUUUCCGCGCAGGAAGUUACGCAGUGGCAGUUGUAAAUUACAUCGACCAUUCUGGACCUGUACAGUUCUCCUCAAGCCUGCAGGAUCUUGGAAUGCACAUUACAGCAGGGUAUAAGGUUACAGAAGCUUUUGAGGGCAAAGAUAUGGGAAAACUCCUACCCGAAGACUUGUUGAUGUUUAAAGUGAAUCCAACAGGAAUAUUUAUUGUUACAGUAGUCCCUGUUAGUUAAGUGGUUCAGGAAUAAAUGAUAUUCAAGAAAUAAUUUAUCUCCAACAGUGAUUUUAUCAUGAAUGAAAUCAUGGUUUGGAGUUAAGAUGCAAGGAAUUAUUUCAUGGGGGCAUAGCCCAAAUGACAGAACUGUCAUUGUUUGGAAACUUUGUAUCUAUAUAUGAACUGACAAGUUCUGACAGUACACCAGUAUAUAAAUUUAACUCAUAUGUAAAUAAUAGGACAGGAAGAAAUAGUUCCAUCUGAGUAACACUUUUUGCCCAUGUAUUGUUAGUUAUUAUGUUUACUAGAUAUAUUCAUAUUGUGUUGAAUAUGUAAAAGAAAUAUUUUUCUCUUUUUUUUUUUUUCUUUUUUUUCUGUUUUGCCAUUAUUGUCCAUUUUUUGACUAAAUCAGUAUUUAAAAAUUCUGUAUUGUUACAUACAGACUUGAGCAUAUCAAUACAUUGAUAACACAAUAAACAGUGACGGUUCUAGAGAGUGAGAUGAUUACAUGCAUCUGAACACCAAGUAAUAAUUUUAUGCAAAGAAGAAAUCACUGUUUGAGAUACCGUACAUUAUUUGAAUCAAACACAACAUCUGCACAAAAUUUCCCAAAUAAGUUGAAGUAGAUUUACUACAAAGUACAAACAAUAACUUUAUCACUUUAUAAUGUCAUACUUAGAAUAGUCAUUAACUACUAUACUAGGCUGGUUUUAAGAAAUUACCCUUUUACUGUAUUUAUAUUUGAUACUGUCUCAUGGAAAUGUUUAAUUUGAUAAAGCUAGGUAGUGAUAUCAGUAUGUAUUUUAAUAGCACGGACAAAGUACAUAAAUGUAUGACUAUACUCUGUAAUAAUUAACUAGCUAAAUUAACUGCUAAAACCUGCUUCAGUAGGCUGAAAGUUUACUUUCAUACUUUCUACAAAUAAUUUAGUUACAGCAAUGGUUUUUAUAGACUGCGCAUAAUUGAAUAUUCUAAUAUUUUGUAUUUAAUAAAAAUGUUUAUUAUUAAAUCUAUAUUUAUAGUCAUUUCCAUUGUUCUAGAUAUAGUCACAUGAUCAAUGAUAAAAAGUCGUAUUGACUUGAACGCGAAGCCAAAAACAUAAUUAUAUUUACCUCCAUCUGUGACGUCAUCACAGUUUGACGUCAAAAUAAUGCGACGUCGUGCACAAUUUACCAUGAAAAAUUACCAGUGGCUGCAGAUAUUUAUAUUUAAUGUUUAUAUACCUAUAAGUAGGCUGGAUUUGAUAUCAAAGCAACUGUUGCCUUUUAAGUUUGGUCGAUAUUUGGAUUUAUUGACCUCACCGAAAGGCAAUAAUUGUAUAGUAAUUUUUUUGGAUAAUUGGAAUAUCGAGGACCAUGGAACAGCAUGUGUUAGUCUCUAAACGAUUUGUGAUUAAACUUCCAUAAGAUCUUAACAAUUGUAGAAAAAUAUAUUGUAAUUACUAAUAGGUUAUUUAAAAACAUUUGUGAAAUACUUUGAUAUAUUAAUUUUGUAAGAGUACCCAUUCAAAGAAAGAUAUUGGAAGAGCCUAUAGGCUCAAGUAUGUUUUCAGGGUUGGUACGAGUCCAAAUAUAUCUCGUAUUGUACAGGUCAAUGUUAAUGACAUAUACAAAACAUCAAGGCAAGAAUUUUUGAUAUUCAUGCCGAUGCUUUAAUCAAUCAACAGCUUUUAUCCGUAGUUAAUAUGGAUAUCCAAGUUAAAUUCUUGCAACAUCCAUUAUAGAAUAUAUUUUAUCCAAUACAGAAAAUGUUGCAAGGUGAUGUGGUACAAAUGCAAAUCAGAAAAGCCAAAAAAUGCUUGUGAAAUAUUUUCUGUGAUAAAUUUAUUUGUACUGUGAUAAGUUUUAGUAAUAUCCAAUGUUUGUUUCCAACAAUUCAUUUUUUAAAUGGAUGUACAUUAAUUUUCAUCUCUUGUACAUGUUUUUGUGAGUUUUUAGCUCACCUGAGCACAAAGUGCUCAUGGUGAGCUGUUGUGAUCACACUGUGUCCGUUGUCCGUCCGUGCGUCAAGUCAUCCUUCCGUCGUCAACAUUUGUGUUUAAAUGAUAUCUCCUUCAAAACCAAUGAAUGGAUUUUGAUGAAACUUGGCCGUGAUGUUCCUUGGGUGGUCCUCUACCAAAGUUGUUCAAACCGUUCCGCUUGGUUGCACAUAGGGGCUGCCAGAGCUAAAAAUAGAAAAAACUUCAAAUGACAUCUCCUCCUAAACCGAUGGUCCGAUUUUGAAAUAAUUUCACACAAUUGGUCCUUAUGUCACCCUCUACCAAGAUGAAACUGCUUGCCCAAUUUUAGAAUAAUUUUACACAAAUGGUCCUUGUGUGACCCUCUACCAAGAUUGUUCAAAUUAUUUUGAUUCGUCAAAAAACAUGGCCGCCAUAGGACAUGGUCACUUUUCCUUAUAUGUAUAUAGUGGAAACUUUAAAAAUCUUCUUGUGUGAAACUGCUUGUCCAAUUUUAGAAUAAUUUUACACAAAAGCAAAAGGUCCUUGUGUGACCCUCUACCAAGAUUGUUCAAAUUAUUUUGAUUCAUCAAAAAACAUGGCCGCCAGAGGGCGUGGUCACUUUUCCCUUUAUGUAUGUAGUGGAAACUUUAAAAAUCUUCUUGUGUGAAACUGCUAGCCCGAUUUUAGAAUAAUUUUACACAAAUGGUCCUUGUGAGACCCUCUACAAAGAUUGUUCAAAUUAUUUUGAUUCGUCAAAAAACAUGGCCGCCAGAUGGCGUGGUCCCUUUUCCCUAUAUGUAUAUAGUGGAAACUUAAAAAUCUUCUUGCGUGAAACUGCUAGCCCGAUUUUAAUAUAGUUUUACACAAAUGGUCCUUGUGUGACCCUCUACCAAGAUUGUUCAAAUUAUUUUGAUUUGUCAAAAAACACGGCCACAAGAGGGCGUGGUCACUUUUCCCUAUAUGUAUAUAGUGGAAACUUUAAAAAUCUGCUUGUGUGAAACUGCAAGCCCGAUUUUAAUAUAGUUUUACACAAAAGGUCCUUGUGUGACCCUCUACCAAGAUUGUUCAGAUUAUUUUGAUUUGUCAAAAAACACGGCCACCAGAGGGCGUGGUCACUUUUCCCUAUAUGUAUAUAGUGGAAACUUUAAAAAUCUUCUUGCGUGAAACUGCUAGCCCGAUUUUGAAAUAAUUUUACACAAAUGGUCCUUGUGUGACCCUCUACCAAGAUUGUUCAAAUUAUUUUGAAUCGUCAAAAAACAUGGCCGCCAGAGGGCGUAGUCACUUUUCGCUAUAUGUAUAUAGUGGAAACUUUAAAAAUCUUCUUGUUUGAAACUGCAAGCCCAAUUUUAAAAUGAUUUUACACAAAUAGUUCUUGUGUGACCCUCUACCAAGAUUGUUCAAAUUAUUUUGAUUUGUCAAAAAACAUGGCUGACAGGGGGCAUGGUCACUUCUUCUCAGAAUCAAUAAUAGCUAGAGCCUUGAUAUUUGGCAUGUGAUAUCAGAUUUGUAAUGUCUACCAUAAUUGUUCAAAUUAUUGCCCUAGGUUCAAAAAUAUGUGUGACAUGUACAUGUAUAUAAUAUAGGCUAACAUAGAAGAAACCUAUCUCUGUACUUGUACAAACACACUUGAAGCCUUGUACACAGUGAGCGCUUUAGGGUCAAUGACCCUCUUGUUUUAUAAUGUACACAUAAUUAAGAGGCAUUAAUAAACUCAAUUCUAGAGGAAAUGGUUAUUAAGUAUAAUGGUGCAAAAUUUGCAAAUAUGUAAGUUUAUGUUGUUUGACAAAAAAUAUUUUUGUUGACUGAAGUUAACAAUUAUAAGCUGCUAUAUUCGAAACAGUGAUAUAAUUUUCAUGUAUCUGAAUAACAGUGUAUUUAUACUAAACAUUUAUAUACAUUCCUAAGUUAUUCAGUGGGACAUGUUACUUCCCCAGUUUUAACACUGUUAAUUCACAGUUACAGCUUGACGUAAUGUCAGCUUACUAUAUUUGUGCCAUACAUGUGCCAUGAAACAGUGCUUCCCUUUAUUUACUUGUUUAUAUAAAAGACAUAUUAUCAGAGUCAAAAUAAUUUAUAUCAGAAGCACGUAUUGUUAUUUCUAAACAGUGCAAAUUGGUUAUACACUGCAUGUGUAAUUCACUCGGGCUUUGCCCUCAUGAAAUUGUUCUGUAGACAUAUAACCUCAUUAUAAUGUUUCCCUGUAGUAAAACAUGGUUCUGCUAUAUAUGAGCCGCACCAUGAGAAAACCAACAUAAUGCAUUUGCAUCCAGCAUGGAUCCAGACCAGCUGGCGCAUCCGCGCAGUCUAAGGGUUUCUCUAAUCUGUUCGCUAAGGGUUUCUCUAAUUGCAAUAAGCUUUGAAAGUGAACAGCAUGGAUCCUGACCAGACUGAGCAGAUGUGCAGGCUGGUCUGGAUCCAUGCUGGAUGCAAAUGCAUUAAUAUGUUGGUUUUCUCAUGGUUCUGCUAUAUAUUAUUUCUGAAUUAUUUGCCAAAGAUCAAGCUGAUAAUAGGUCUAACUUCGUGAUUUUUUAUGCCCCCAAAGGGAGGCAUAUAGUUUUUGAACUGUCAGUCUGUCGGUCUGUCAGUCUGUCGGUCUGUCCGCAAUUUUCGUGUCCGGUCCAUAUCUUUGUCAUCGAUGGAUGGAUUUUCAAAUAACUUGGCACGAAUGUGUACCACAGUAAGACGACGUGCAGUGCGCAAGACCCAGGUCCGUAGCUCAAAGGUCAAGGUCACACUUAGACGUUAAAGGAUAGUGCAUUGAUGGGCGUGUCCGGUCCAUAUCUUUGUCAUCGAUGGAUGGAUUUUCAAAUAACUUGGCAUGAAUGUGUACCACAGUAAGACGACGUGCAGUGUGCAAGACCCAGGUCCGUAGCUCAAAGGUCAAGGUCACACUUAGACGUUAAAGGAUAGUGCAUUGAUGGGCGUGUCCGGUCCAUAUCUUUGUCAUCGAUGGAUGGAUUUUCAAAUAACUUGGCAUGAAUGUGUACCACAGUAAGACGACGUGCAGUGCGCAAGACCCAGGUUCGUAGCUCAAAGGUCAAGGUCACACUUAGAUGUUAAAGGAUAGUGCAUUGAUGGGCGUGUCCGGUCCAUAUCUUUGUCAUCGAUGGAUGGAUUUUCAAAUAACUUGGCACGAAUUUGUACCACAGUAAGACGACGUGUCACACGCAAGACUCAGGUCAGUAGCUCAAAGGUCAAGGUCACACUUAGACGUUAAAGAUCAUUUUUCAUGAUAGUGCAUUGAUGGGCAUGUCCGGUCCAUAUCUUUGUCAUUCAUGCAUGGAUUUUAAAAUAACUAUGCAUGAAUGUGUGACACAGUAAGACGAUGUGUCGCGCGCAAGACCCAGCUCCGUAGGUCAAAGGUCCUAAACUCUAACAUCGGCCAUAACUAUUCAUUCAAAGUGCCAUCGGGGGCAUGUGUCAUCCUACGGAGACAGCUCUUGUUUUAUAGGUGUUUAAUCUUUACAUAUUGCAUUACAUUCCUAGAAGUUAUUUUGGUGAUAUUUUUUUGUAUUAUUAUGUGCAUGUUUUACCAUACCUUACAUUUUGCCUUUUAUAUAUUAAAUACAUUUUACUAAUUUUUGUUUGUAACUUUUGUUGCAACAUACUGGGCUUCUUUAAGUACCGGUAUGUUUUGUUUUUUGUACUUUUUAAGGAUGCUCAUUUAAAGUAACUUUAUAUGUCUUUUAAAAUUCUAUUUUUGAUAGAGUCUCAACAAUUGUUUACAAAGCUAAUAUACUCAUACCAGCUUGCAGCUAUAAUUUAUAAUACUCAUUUUUCUUUGUUCUGUCCCCUUUUGAGAAGAGGGGAUAAUUAGUUUUGCUCAUGCCAGUAAGUCUAUCUGUUAGUGGACACUUUGGUUUCCAAUCAGUUACUAGAGAAUGUUUUGGCCUACAGUGGUCAAAGUUCAUAAGAUAAUUUUGUGUGGUCAGUAGAUGACCCCUGUUGUUUUGGGUGUAAGUAAUCUAAGGUCUAAGUCACAGUGACAUUAAGACUGAGAAUAUUUUCCGAUUAAUAACUGAAGACCACUUAGGCCUUUAAAACGCAAACUUCAUAGGAUGAUUGUAUAUGGUCAUUAGAUGAUAUCUUUCGCUUUUGGGAUCAGUAGGUCAAAGGUCAAGGUAAAAAAAGUAGUUCCCUAUCGGUGAAUAGAGAGGGGGUUAAGGUCACUGACUUCAAAUCACCCCUCACCGAUGUGGGUUCAGGCUUCACUCAGGGUCGUUGAAUUCUUCAUGUGAGGAAGCCAUCCAGCUGGCUUAUGGAAGGUCGGUGGUUCUACCCAGGUACCCACUCCUGAUGAAAUAAUGCAUGGAGGGGCACCUGGGGUCUUCCUCCACCAUCAAAGCGGGAAAGUUGCCUAUAAUUGUGCCGGUGUGAUGUUAAACACAACAAAAAAUAAACGAUUGGAGAAUGCAUUGGUCUAGGACAGUCAAAUGUGAUAGGAUGAGCGUCAGUGAUCUGAAAUGUUCCGUAUUGCUUUUAUGUCAGUAUGUCAAAAGUCAGACUCACAAUCAGUAACUGGAGAACACUUGAGCCUAAAAAUAUCAAACUUCAUAACAUGAUUGUAUAUGGUUGCUAGCUGGCCCCUAUUGCUUUUUGGACCAGUAGGUUAAAGGUCAAUGUCACUGAGACUAAAAUGGUUUUGGGUCAAUAACUUGAGAAUGCUUAUGUCUGUCAUAACAGUAUUGGUUAGUAGGUCAAAGGUCAAGGUCACAGUAUACUUGAGACCAAACAUUUCACACCCAUUAACAAGCCAUCGUGGCCAUUGAGGCAUAUAUGUUUUGCAAACAGCUCUUGUUUAAACUAUUGUGCCAUAAUUUUUUAUUGCAUAUUUGUGUGUUAAAGUAUUAGACUUAGUAUUUUAUAAUUUAGAAGUUGUUUUUUUUUUUAAUUAGACUUUUAUUUUAUUUGCUUUUUGUGUAAUUUAACAUGUAUAAGUCAGCAAUCUCAGUGCUUGUACAAAGUUUUGUAACAGCCAUUAUACUGUGCCAUUUACCGGUAUAAGUUUUCAUUUUAAAGAAGUGGACCUGUAAUCAUGAAUUGCCAUGGCAAUUUCAUUGUAAUCACUUGUUCCCAUAUACUGUUUGCUAUAUAAAUGUAAGUGUCUUUUCUUAACAACCAAAGAAUGGCAAAUACCAUAAUUGAGCCGCGCCAUGAGAGAACCAACAUAGUGGCUUUGCGACCUAACAGUUUCUCUAAUUUCAAUAGGCUUUGAAAGCGAACAGCAUGGAUCCUGACCAGGCUGGUCUGGAUCCAUGCUGGUCGCAAAGCCACAAUGUUGGUUUUCUCAUGGCGCGGCUCAUAUGAAGAGGACUUGUCCACUAUUUUAGAUAGAAUUUAGCUAGUUUGGAUUUUUUUACUUUGAUUAAUCAUUAUAUCAAAAUAAAUAACCUACCAGAGUGUCA